UGCAACCAGACUUUAUGGACUCAUCAGCCUCGUCUUACUCACCGUGCUGCGUUUCUUCAUAUUUGUAUGCACACGAGCUUUGAAGCAUCUAUAGAGAUUCUUUUUUGCAUACAAGAAACUUGUGUGAAUUGUAGAUAUAUUCUUGCAUUUUCUCAAAUAUCAACCCAAAAUCUAUCACAAAAUGGUUUUCCCUCCUCCGCCAGUCGAUACCAUUGACUGGAACGACAUCGGCUUCAAAGUCCGCGAAGUAAACGGCCACAUCGAAUGCCACUACUCCAAGAAGACCGGCCAAUGGGCCGCCCCAAAAUUCGUCACCGACCCCUUCCUCCGCAUCCAUGGCAUGGCCCCCGGCCUCAACUACGGCCAACAAGCCUAUGAAGGCCUCAAGGCCUUCCGCACCCCGAACAACACCAUCCAGAUCUUCCGCCCCUCCAAAAACGCCCUCCGCAUGCAGCACUCCGCAGACUUCAUCUCCAUCCCCCAAAUCCCAGAGGCUGUCUUCGUCGAAGCCGUCCACGCCGCCGUCGCCCUCAACGCCGCGCACGUGCCUCCCUUCGAGACUGGUGCAGCGAUGUACAUCCGCCCUCUCGUCUUCGGAUCCUCUGCUCAGCUCGGCCUCAGCCCGCCGGAGGAAUACACUUUCUGCGUCUACGUCCUCCCCGUCGGCGUCUACCACGGUAUUCACCCCGUCAAGGCUCUCAUUCUUGAGGACUUUGAUCGCUCUGCCCCCGAGGGAACCGGCAGCGCAAAGGUCGGCGGCAACUACGCCCCUGUCCUCCGUCACAGUGAGAAGGCGCGCAAUGAGGGCUUUGGAAUCACGCUACAUCUUGAUUCGCAGACGCGCUCGGAGAUCGACGAGUUCUCCACCAGCGGCUUCAUUGGCGUCAGGACCGAGGGGGAGAAGACCACCAUCGCGGUGCCGGAUAGCAAAAAUGUGAUUGCUAGCGUGACUGCCGAUUCCGUUCUUGAGAUCGCAAAGUCCCUCGGAUACACCGUCGAGAAACGUUCGAUCAAAUACGAAGAACUCUCCACCUUCACCGAGGUCAUCGCCGCCGGCACCGCCGCAGCCCUCGUCCCCAUCCGCUCCAUCACCCGCGGCUCCCGCGACGACACAUUCCCCUACAUCGCCGAGGAGACCGAGGAGCCAGGGCCAGUCUUCACGAAGCUGCUCACGACGCUACAGGAUAUCCAGAGGGGGAAGUCUGAGGAUCCGUAUGGAUGGUGUGAAUUGGUGAAGGAGCCGGAGGCGGGGAAGUAUGAGCAGUAGGUGGGGAAACGGGUUGGCUAUGUAGAUAGGAAAUAGAGGUGAGCAUUGGGA